CCCCCUCCGGGUUGCCGGUUUCCAGCACCUCUAUUUUAAGGCACUAUAGCACAGCAGCUGUGGCCUCAGUCCCCGCCUUCAGUGCUUUGGCUCGCGUGCCUUCCCCACUUCUCCUAAGGACCUUGCCAGCAUGGGUCCCUGGCCCGGCUUGCCGCUCGCCGCUCUCCUGCUGCUCCUCUUCGGCGCUAGCAACGUGCACUGCGACACUCCUGCCAACUGCACCUACCCUGACCUGCUGGGCACCUGGGUCUUCCACGUGGGCCGCAGCGGUUCUCAGCGCGAGGUCAACUGCUCGGUUAUGGGACCACCAGAAAAAGAAGUCGUGGUGCACCUUAAGAAGUUGGAUACGGCAUAUGAUAACUUUGGCAAUUCUGGCCAUUUCACCAUCAUUUACAAUCAAGGCUUUGAGAUUGUGUUGAAUGACUACAAGUGGUUUGCCUUUUUUAAGGAUGUCACUGAUUUUAUCAGUCAGUUUUUCAUGCAACUGGGAACUGUGGGGAUAUAUGAUAUGCCACACCUGAGGAACAAACUGGUUAUUAAAUAGAGCAUCUGUUGAGGGGCUUUUUUAAAACCACAGCCAAAAACAGACUUUGGGGCUAAGAGGCAAGAGGCAGAGCAGCAUGCGGCAGUGGACCUACCUACCUCUAACAGCUAGCAGAGGCCUCUAGCAGCUACAGUCCCUUCUGGAGUCUUUAUGUGCAUGUAACAUACAAAGGAGUCCUGGUAACCUACCUCCAAGGCAGCUGCCCUCCUGAACACUUCCUUGGAAAGCAGCAACUGCCAUUCUGGAAUGUGAACAACCAAAGACCAAGCAGGAAAAAGAAAAAAAACCUGGAAGUCUUAGGUGGCUUCGCCCUUCAGCCUUUGAAUAAAAGGAACAAUAUGCAACAUACAUUUCUUUCUUAUUUUCUCUUUUGAAAACUCUUCUGUUGAAAUGAUUUUUUCAGACUGCUUUUAGGACUUUACUUAUUUGUUUUAUUUUGUUAACAGUGCAAAUUUUACUCACAGUUAAAUGAACUUCCCAAGUGCCUUCUCUUUCUCUAAUUACCUUGAGGAGCCCCGACACCUAUUAUAAGAAUAAAAUUAGGCUUCAGAAUAUCUUGAGAUGUACAGAUACAUCAUGGGUGGGAAGAUGGUCCCAGGGGGACAUGUUUGGGGGAGGAGGCUUUCUGAGAUAAACCAAACGGCUGAAGGGUCUCUUUUUAUAGAUCAUAGAUCUGCAGUACCCCUGCCCAGAAAGAUGGUAUGAUUAAUACAUUUUUUUUGGUGUUUUUUAAAAUUAGGUGCCAGCCUUGUGCUAAGAACUUGACAUGCUUUAUGUUACAAAAAUCCCACGAAGUAGAUAUUACUAGCUUCAAUUUUCAGAUAGGGAAAAUUAGUCUCAUACAGUGCUUAAACUCACACAGCUUCUAACUGUAGAAUGAUAUGGGCUGUUUGUCAAGUUUGUUUCACAAACAAGUAUUGGUACUUGAAGUCACAUUUUGGGCAGGUUUUCUGGUGAAUCAUAGUCUGUAAGCAUCACAAAUGUUAGUUCAGUGCACUGUAUUGGCUCUUGUUGAAAUUUUAGGAGAAGAAUUGGCUUGAACCUUAGAUUUCCUUACCAAAUGAGGCUACUGACUUUCUUUCCUAAGCCCAGGUCCCUUAUUCAAGACAAAAAUUUACUUUUUCCUUCUCUUUAUGGUUCUCCAAAUUGAAGGAGAGUUUUGUAACCUUCAAGUUAAGUACCCUUGCUAAGUUUACUUUUCUUUUUUUUUUUGCGGUACGCGGGCCUGUCACUGUUGUGGCCUCUCCCGUUGCGGAGCACAGGCUCCGGACACGCAGGCUCAGAGGUCAUAGCUCACGGGCCCAGCCGCUCCGCGGCAUGUGGGAUCCUCCCGGACCCGGGCACGAACCCGUGUCCCCUGCAUCGGCAGGAGGACUCUCAACCACUGCGCCACCAGGGAAGCCCAAGUUUUCUUUUCUUAAUUACACUAUUGUUCAAACUGAUUGCUGUCUUUUAGGUCUUUCCUGUUAAUAAACAAUGGACUAGUCUCCUCCUCAUUUGUUUAGAGCUGAUUAAACAUCAGCCUUGGCAAACCAAAAAUGUGGGGCUACACCUAAUUCUUAUUGUCUGGGAGGACUUUUCUGCAUCCCUUGAAUUGCUUCUUGAGUGGAAGAGUCUUUCUCUAGAUAGUAGGUUGUCAUUACUUUAUUGGUUCAGAUAAUUAUUUAUAUCAUUUGAGAGGCACUGGUCUGCUGUUCUGGGAAGGUUAUAUCUUAUAAAAACUAAAUAAGAGUACAUCCGACUGCCACCUGGAUACUUUCUUCUCUCCUGAUGAUUCUUUUUUUUUUGCGGUACGCGGGCCUCUCACUGUUGUGGCCUCUCCUGUUGCGGAGCACAGGCUCCGGAUGCGCAGGCUCAACGGCCAUGGCUCGUGGGCCCAGCCGGUGAGCGACAUGUGGGAUCUUCCCGGCCCGGGGCACGAGCCCGCGUCCCCUGUAUCGGCAGGCGGACUCUCAACCACUGCGCCACCAGGGAAGCCCUAUCCUGAUGAUUCUUUGUCACUCAGGUUCUUGAUGCCACCUCUGUGAAAUUCCCCAGCUUUCUCCCUUACUGGGAGGAAUGCUCUUAUUUUGGUUCCAAUCGUACUUUGCAGGUAUCUCUGCCCUGGUAGUACUAACUCUGCUGUAAAAGGAAUGACUUGAUAGCGUGUCAUCUUCUUCCAGACUGAAGAUCUGUGUAUCUUCAGCACCUAAUGCAUGUAGAACUUUAUCUUGGAACUUUAGUUUGGAAAAUUAUCCACAUUUCUCUUGUCUUUUCAAAGACUUCAAAAGUAAUACCAGCUUACAAAGAAUUAAUUCUAUAGGGUUCUAGAAGCCCAAAUCAGGAACGGUGCUAUGUUUAUAUUUUUGGUCCUCUGUUCUAAAAAAAAUAUUAGGUUACAUACUUACAGCGUUCUGUAAGAGUUGUGUAUUUUCAAACUGAUUGUCCAGAUGUAAAUACUGACAAAGCAACCAAUGUGUAUAAGAAUAUAUUUAGCAAGGCAUCUAAAAUCACCCCUACUAAAGUGUUUUUUUUCCCGUUUCUUUGAGUAUCUUUGCAUCUAAAUGUUUGGUUUGAUUAUGAAAGAGAAAACUUGGGUACAAAAUUGCAGGUAUUUGUGUUAGUAGGCCCCAUAAUAGAUUACUGUUUAGCAUUCUCUGUUGUAAUUGCCUGUUUGUCCUUUCCUCUGGCCUUUAAACUCCUUGAGGGCAAUGAUCAACGUUGUAUUAAUGACCAUUUUAUUCCUUAUGUAUAGUUCAAUAUGUGAUAAAUAAUAGGGCUUCAAUAAAUAUUUGUAAGAGAAAGAAAA